GGGGUGGGUCCAGGCGUUCUCGGGUACCGCGCGCGGCGCUGCCCGCUGCCCGCUGCCCUGCCCUGCCCCGCGGCGCCGGCCGGCUCGCCCCGUCUCCCUGCGUUGCCGUGUCUGCCGUCCCGCCAUGGAGGACCGGCCGCCCGUGGUGUCCAGGCAGCAGAGCCGGCUGGUGCGCGGGGUCCCCACGCAGGUGGUCUGCACGGCCUUCAGCAGCCACAUCCUGGUGGUGGUCACGCAGCUCGGGAAGAUGGGCACGCUCGUGGCCCUGGAGCCCAGCCCGGUGACUGGCGACGUCGGCAAGCCCAUGCUGAGCACGCGGGUCCUCCUGGGGCAGGACGAGCCACUCACCCACGUUUUCGCCAAGAACCUGGUGGCGUUCGUGUCGCAAGAAGCCGGGAACAGAGCGGUCCUGCUGUCGCUGGCCUUGAAGGACAGAAGCCUGGAGGGGCUGCAGGCGCUGCGGGAGGUCAUUCAGACCUGCCAGGUGUGGUGACCCCGCCCAGCACCAUCCUGGAUGCUGGCCUCGCAGAGGAACUUGUGGCUGGACCUGCCGUGGGCAACGCAGCUGCCCGGAGGGAGCUGGCCCGGCCGGGCAGGGCCUGUAGAUGGAGAAUAAGUCACCACCAGCUCGCUGCCCCCUGUGCACGGUGGCAGUUGUGGGAGGAGUUUUUUUUUUUAUUAAGAAUAAACAUGUGUCUCAGAA